AUGCAUGCAGCUCAUUUUCUCCCGCUCCUGGUGAGCCUCAUGCUCGCCACCUCUUCCGCCUCCUCAGUCAAGAAGUGCCGCGACGAAACCUUCCAGAACCCGGUUCUUUACGAGGACUACCCCGACAAUGACGUCUCCGUCGGCCCCGACGGCGCCUUCUAUUUCUCGGCCUCCAAUUUCCACUACAGCCCCGGCGCGCCCAUCCUGCGGUCCUUGGACCUCGUCAACUGGGAGCCCGUCGGGCACUCGAUCCCGCGGAUGAACUUUGGCGACGGUUACGAUCUCCCCCCCAGCGGCGAGCGGGCCUACCGCGGCGGGACGUGGGCCUCGACGCUGCGGUAUCGCAAGAGUGAUGGGCUGUGGUACUGGAUCGGAUGCACCAACUUCUGGAUUACCUGGGUGUUUACGGCGCAGUCUGUCGACGGCCCGUGGUAUAACCGCGCCAAUUUUGGCGGCGGGAACUGCAUGUACGAUAACGGUCUGCUGAUCGACGACGACGAUACGAUGUACGUCGUCUACGGCAACGGCCAGGUCAAGGUCUCGCAACUGGCCGCCGACGGUCUCAGCGUCGUCCGCACCGAGCAAGUCCUCCAAGCCUCGGACGUCAACACAGAGACCGUCGAAGGCAACAGGAUGUACAAGAUCAAUGGCACCUACUAUAUCCUCAACGACCAGCCCGGCACCACGACAUACAUCUGGAAGUCCAGCAGCCCCUGGGGUCCCUACGAAGCCAAGAUCCUCGGCCAGAACGUUACGCCGCCGCUCGAUGGCGGCAAUUCGCCUCACCAAGGCAGUCUCAUCAAAACGGCAAAGGGAGAUUGGUACUUUGUUUCCUUCACCUGGGCGUACCCCGCCGGCCGCAUGCCGGUGCUGGCCCCGAUCGUCUGGGGCGAGGACGGGUUCCCCGAGCUCGUCAAGGGCUCCAACGGCGGCUGGGGCUCAUCGUACCCCUUGCCCUUACCGGCCCAGCCUCUGUAUAACUGGACGCGAACAUACAACUUUGAGAGCGAGCUGGGCCCGACGUGGGAGUGGAACCACAACCCCGACGUCGCGAGCUACACGGUCAACAACGGCGUGACCCUCCGCGCCGCCAGCGUCACAGAGGACUUGUACCAGGCGCGCAACACCCUCACUCACCGGAUCCACGGCGAGUUCCCCAAGGGCACCGUGGAGAUCGACUUCAGCAAUUUGGCCGACGGAGAUCGGUUCGGGCUUGCCGCGUUCCGCGAUCAGAGCGCGUACAUCGGGAUCCACCGCAGCGGCAGCGAAUACACUCUCAAAGCCGUCCACGGUAUCAUCAUCGACGAGUGGUCCGGGACCCCGGUCAGUCCGGGCCAGGAGGUGGCGUCGGCCCCGGUCCCGAGUGGUGCGAAGAAAGUUUGGUUCCGGGCGGAGCUGGAUGCGCGGCCGACGGGGACAAAGGACGCCAAUUUCUUCUACAGCUUUGACGGGACGCAGUUCACGCAGCUCGGAGAAACGUACGAGUUGUACUCUGGCUGGGCGUUCUUCAUCGCGUACCGAUUUGGAAUCUUCAACUUUGCGACCAAGCAGUUGGGCGGGUCGGUCAAGGUGGAAUCUUUUACGGCAGCUUGA